AUGGGCGCCCUGGCGCUUGCGAUCCAGAGGGGGGGCGGCGAGAGCCGCGCGUCGCGCAUCGCGGGGCGCGGGCACGCGAAGUUGGAGGCCGGCCACACGGUGCUGCUCAGGAGCGACGGCACGGCCGUGGCCUUCGGCUCGAAUGCGAGGGCCAGUGCGCCGUCGUCCGCGGGAUACGCCAACACGGUGCUGCUCAGGAGCGACGGCACGGCCGUGGCCUUCGGCUGGAAUCGCGCCGGCCAGUGCGCCGUGCCGGCGCUGGACGGUGGCCUGAGCUACACGCAGGUCGCCGCGGGACAGUCCCGUACGGUGCUGCUCAGGAGCGACGGCACGGCCGUGGCCUUCGGCUGGAAUGGUCAUGGCCGGUGCGCCGUGCCGGCGCUGGACGGUGGCCUGAGCUACACGCAGGUCGCCGCGGGAGGCGCCCACACGGUGCUGCUCAGGAGCGACGGCACGGCCGUGGCCUUCGGCUCGAAUGACGCGGCCAGUGCGCCGUGCCGGCGCUGGAGCGACGGCACGGCCGUGGCCUUCGGCUCGAAUGGCCUCGGCCAGUGCGCCGUGCCGGCGCUGGACGGUGGCCUGAGCUACACGCAGGUCGCCGCGGGAGGCGCCCACACGGUGCUGCUCAGGAGCGACGGCACGGCCGCGGCCUUCGGCUCGAAUCUCGCUGGCCGGUGCAGCGUGCCGGCGCUGGACGGUGGCCUGAGCUACAUGCAGGUCGCCGCGGGAGGCGCCCACACGGUGCUGCUCAGGAGCGACGGCACGGCCGUGGCCUUCGGCACGGCCGUGGCCUUCGGCUCGGCGUUGGUGCGCUUCCUGACCCUGGGCGGGGUGGAGCGCUGCCGGGUGCGGGCGGCGCCCGGCGCGCCGCUCGCUGGCGUGCGCGACUGGCUGGCGGGCGAGCUGGGCGCGGGCAGGCUGGGCCCCGGGAUCGGCCGCGCCGACGCGGCCCUGCCAGGCGGACGGCUCCUGAGCGGGGCCUCGGCGGGCGAGACCGUCGCGGACGCCUUCGGCCGUGGCCCUCCCCGGAGCCCCGAGCGCUCCCAGGAGCCCGCGCGCGCGCCCCCCUCGGCGGGCCCCCGGGCCUCCCGACCGCGCCCACGGAUGGUCGCCGCGGGAUACGCCCACACGGUGCUGCUCAGGAGCGACGGCACGGCCGUGGCCUUCGGCGAGAAUGUCCUCGGCCAGUGCGCCGUGCCGGCGCUGGACGGUGGCCUGAGCUACACGCAGGUCGCCGCGGGAGGCGCCCAUACGGUGCUGCUCAGGAGCGACGGCACGGCCGUGGCCUUCGGCUCGAAUGACCUCGGCCAGUGCGCCGUGCCGGCGCUGGACGGGGCGCUGACGUACACCGCGCGCCCGCUCGUCGGCGCGGCGCUGCUCCUGCAGGCGUCGCUCGACGGCGGCGCGGUGCGCUUCCUGACCCUGGGCGGGGUGGAGCGCUGCCGGGUGCGGGCGGCGCCCGGCGCGCCGCUCGCUGGCGUGCGCGACUGGCUGGCGGGCGAGCUGGGCGCGGGCAGGCUGGGCCCCGGGAUCGGCCGCGCCGACGCGGCCCUGCCAGGCGGACGGCUCCUGAGCGGGGCCUCGGCGGGCGAGACCGUCGCGGACGCCUUCGUGUUGUAGGCAUCGGGUCGCCGCCAUACACUGGGGGGAAUAAUUUGUUGACGCUUCGCGUAUCCCCACCAGCCAGCUUCUCUUCCGCUGGCAUCCGUUCAGUGUUUUUGCAGGGUAAUCUUCUGGCAUCGUCCUUUGCCGUGCACUCGCUACAGCGGCCUACGUGCCACUGCAGCCAAUUAUCUCGCUCUGUGCCCCAGAACGUUAUUCCCGCUCGCUGGAUCUGUCCUUCGAGCCGCCGAACAAAAAAGUAUCCCCACCAGCC